UGUUCUUCCUUGAGCUGCGGCACCCCGCUGUAGUCUGUAAUGGACUAGCCCUACACGCGGCUGCUGGAAGAGAGUAGGUGAGUUGUGUUUAGUUUCUUUGCUAAAGAAAUUAGUCAAAGUAUAAGAGUUUUAUUUUAUUCCAUUGUUUUAAUUAUAUUGUUUUAUGGUUGUCUAUCUGUUUAUUUACUUCUUUUGAUUAUCCUAUGUACAGCACUUUGUUGGACUGCUGUCUUCUUGAAGGUGCUUUAUAAAUAAACCUGACUUGACUUGACUUUUCAUACAAUCCUGUGUUUUACAAAAAGCACCGAGGAGUCCUGGCAUACAGGCCCUUGUGUUCUUAUGUCAUCUAACAAUAGAUGACAUGAAAACACACAGAUAGAGGCCCCUGGCUGUUCUGUUUUCUUUUUUUCUCUGACUAUAUUGUUUUACAGACUGUUUUCAUAGUGACUCUGGCUGUUUUUCAGAGAGAAAUUUCAGAGCAAGUGAGCCCUCUGAUGGCUGAACCAGAGCGAACAUGGAACCUUCGUAUUUGGGAGGUGGAGAAAAACAAAUAAUCUUCACUAUACUCACAUCACCAUCACAUAGAAAGUGAGUUAUUGUUUUUUUGGUUCCCCAUGACCAGGGGUGUGUCCAGAUGUUUUGUCUGGGGGGCCCCAGUUUAUGCAAAGGGGGCCUAGAUGCACACACCCCUAGGCAAAUAGUAUUAAUGUCCUCUUCCUGUCUUCAUUGUGAAUUCUAAGAUUUAUCGUCAUGUCAACUCAACAGAUGGAUGGAACUUGUGUCAGUGCACUCAUCAUAAGAUACAACAUUCAAAUUACAACAAAUUAUUAAUAUAAGUUUAAAUGACCAGUUAUUAUUUCACAAAUAAAUCGACCUGGGUAGAUGAAUAUCACUGAGUGCAGAGAGUUUGACACCGAUAAGCUUUGAGACCACGAGGACAGUCCUCUCCCGGGUUGUGAUAAUGUUAUGAAAAAGUAAGGAUCAACACAAGGGCGAACCCUCAGCUGACCUUUGAAUUUUUCAGCCGUCUGAGAGAGUAUCAGUCUCUGCUGAGCCUCUCUGAUAAUGGCUCUGGUGUUGUCUGCCCAUGUCAGAGUAGGACAAAUCGUGCUACCAAGAGACUGCCCUCUUGCUCCACCUUCUGGUUGCAAAUGGUUUGAUGUUUUUGUGGCCUCUUCUAAAAUCAGUAUCAUGUCUCUUGUUUUGGAAACAUUCAGUUGUUAGUGAAACCUCGUCACCGUUUGAGAAAAAGCUCACUGUUGAAUGUUUAAACGGAACUGUGAUGGGAAAUUGCAUCAUUAGUUAUAUGCUGAUCAAACUGUAUCAGGCCCAAAUCACUAAAAGGAAAAAUUGAACUGGCUACUAGUCUGUGUGUCUCUCUGAUUAGAAAAGCCCUCCUUGCAUGGCUGUACAGGUUAACCACUUGAUUGUAAAUCAGGUCCCUCAAAAUCACUAAAAAGCAUUUCUAACUGUAUAAUCAGUUGCCAUUUGUUUUCAUAGCCCUGUUAUGGUGAUGCACUGCGAACGCUGCAGGCAUGAAUGUGAGCAGACUCAUUUUUAAUAAUGCAGCAAGAAAAUCUUCCCCGGUGGACAGAAUAUGUAACAACACUUUAGGUUUCUGCAGAAUGGUGCAUCAAAAGUCCCCUAAAGCAGGGGUGUCAAACUCAACCACAGCAAGGGCCAUAAUCUGGAUUAAAGUCUAACCUGAGGGCCCUACAGGGUCAACAUUUAACCCAAACUGUCAGCCUCCUUUUCAAAACAAAAUCAGCGAUGAUUAUAAAUAACUAAAAAAGAUCAAUUUAAAGGCAAUCUGAGAUUAAAAAUCCCACUAAUUAGUUCAAAAGAUCAGAACACAAUAUUAAAAAUAAAGCAAACACAUGAGGAGAAAGUUUAAAUCAUAAGUUUGAAAGGUCAAAAUAUAAGAUCAUUUUGAAAUCAAGAGUUUAAAGUCAAAAUAUGACUUAAAAUUUUAAAAUGGAAUCUAAAGGUUUAAAAUGAAACAAAUCUAAAUACUGAGUUAAAUGACAGCAGGAUUUUUUAUUAUUAUUAUUUACUUUUUUUUUUUUUUUUGGGGGGGGGGGGGGGUAUUUAAAAAUAGCACGGUGUGAUUAAAGGUAUUUUUGUAAAAGUCUUCAACAAUGCUCAUUUAAAUAAACCCACUGAUGCUGAUGUGAUUCUACACACUUUUAUUUUGAAAGUCCUCUAAAGAAAUUAAACGACAGCAGGACUUUUUAGUGUUUAAAGACAGCAAAGUGUGAUUAAAGGCAUUCAUGUAAAAAUCUUCAACUAUUCUCAUUAAACAAACGCUUCUAAUGCUGACUUUUAUUUUGAAAGUCCUCUCUCUUCCGCUGUUACAUUGACAACGUUCUUCCCAUAGUUUGAGUUCGUGCUCGCGCGCUCUCGUCCGUUGAUGUGUGUUGGUUCACGCGCUCUGGGGAUUCCCCCCGUGAUAACAACAGCUCGUCCCCCGGCCUUAUCGUCUUUCGUCGCUCAUAUGCUCUUCGCCUGGAGCUUCGUACGGUCACCGGAUAUGUAGUCGACGACCUGCGCCUGUUUUCGACUCGUUCUUCGCGAAUUUAAGACGUUAAAAAGCACUUAGAGAUAUUUUUAAGAGUUUGUAACUAAAGUUAAAUCUCGGGGCUGUUCUUUGAGAGGUUAGUUUUGUCGGUUUGUGGCAUGAAACGCGGCGGCUCUUUCCUCCGGUUUCACAAAGGAGCGGUGGUUUCCUCAGGUGUCUGCUCGCAUCACGGAGCACCGAGCGGCGGCGACGACAGCCGUUAGUAGCCGUUAAACCCUCUGGGAAGGCGGGGAGGGAGGAGAGGGGGAAACCCAGCGACUCCACCACCACCUCUACCACCACCACCACCAACCAUGUCGAGCGGCGGCUACAAGAAAGACGAGUCCCUGGAGGAGAACCGCACAGACUCGGGCAUUGAGUCGUACCGCUCCCUGGUGAAGUCGGACGAGCCUCGGGAGUCGAGCGGCGACUUCAGCGCGCCGAGGGACAAGUUUUCCGGCGGAGACGAGCGUCUGGACUCGGCCUACGGCUCGUCGUCUAUCACGAGUUUGACGGAGAUCGUGGAGGAGUGCAGGAUCUCCAGCUCCACGGAACAAGCCCAGAUCUCUGAACUGUCUGAACAAGAAGAAAACCUGCUCACAACUAUCACUGAAGACGGAGACACGUAGGUUUCUGCUUUUAAAUAUACAUGUAGAACAAACAUGACAUUUCCAACAUGGGUGCAAAGUUGGUAGUAUGUAACACAAACUCUUAAAAGUUGAGUCAUAAACUUCUUUUUUGUUUUUAAUCAGGUAGAUAAUGUUGACAUAAAAUAUCUGGUUUUAAAGAUGCAUGAGCUAUUUAUAAAAAGCAAGACAAUAUUCAAAAAACAGCCAAAGUCCAUGCCAACUCUUUCAAAUGUCCUCCAAUUCAUCCAGAAAGCUGAAAUCCCAAGAAAAACCCACUGAAACCUGUUUUUGGAAGCUCAGGCUGGAGGAAACUUGUCUCUUUACGCUUUAAAAAUAAUAAAAAUCACAGCAGUCACUUGUUCAUUCCACAAAUAAUCGAUUAAUGUAAUUUCUAUACUCUAACAGGCUUGCAAGGAACUUCAGAUUAUGAUUUAAACUCCAUGGUAGAUGUUAAACACCCAUAAAAGGCGGUGUAUGGAGUCUUUAAAUCACUCUGUAUUUUGAGGCCCAGUUUUCCCAUGGUUCUGGUUUUGAAGGGGAUUUCAUCGCGCUGUGAUACUGCAGCCCUUUUUUUAAAAAUGAACUUUGUCCUCGCCAUGAAUGCACACUCACUCCUGUGCGUUCUCCCAGUCAGAAAACAGAAGUGAAACAGAUAGGCCUGGACUUCCCCAUGCAGCACAGACAAAGCACAUGCUGUGAGGCAGUACUGUGGAUGCCUUUUGAUCCACACAAACUUGUUGAUCAGGAAGGGACUGUCAGUGAGUUGGUGCAUGAUUAUGUCGGUGGAUCACUCUCAUUCAUGCGUUGCAGUUCUUUCCAAAGAGACAUUUGCAUCAGAAAUGCCAAUUUUCUUGCUGCUAAUCAGCUCCUAGUCUGACUAAAUGAAACUGCUGCUUUUGCACACAAUCUAAACAGCACAUCCUCCACACAGAAAUCAUCAUCAGCCCAUGCAGACCUUUUCAGGGCCCACUCAUCGAGCCGUGCUCCGUCAUCACAACUGUUUUGAUGUGAAAUAAGGACGUAUAAUGACUACGACUGCGAUCCUGCGAUUGAUGUCUAAGAGGUGUUGCUGUGUCUCUGACCUCUUUUCAUUUCUGCCUGCUGGUUUGUUGAAGCCACACGGUUUCGUUCUCACACCCUAACUAUAGAUACCUGUGAGGAAGAAAAAACACCUGAAAUAUGAGAGAGAAUCAUGCAUAAACUCGUUUUUUUUUUCCCCCUGUGGGUUUUUUUAAGUUCUUAUUCAUUCAAGUCUAACCUGAACCAGGAAGUCCCUUUCACAGUCAAGUGUUUCCUCAAAGGGUGACUAGUUGCUAGGGCAGAUCAAUUGAUAUGCAGGCGCUUAAAAAAGUCAGUAAAGACAUUAUUGGUGAGGCUCAAACCUAUUUCUAUUCCCCCCUUUAUGAAACACAUUUGUGUGAAACUCAAUAAUGAUGGGAUAACUGUUAAAUGCAAAUCUCCCUUUUUUUUUUAGUUUGAUUUUAGAUUUAUUGCUUUUAUGUAAAGCACUUUGGGUACCAUUUGGGAUAUUGUAAAGUGCUAUAUAAAUAAAAUUUGAUUGAUUGAUUUGAUUGAUUUUAGACCAAUAGAAUUUUUAUUGUACUUAUUCAGUUUGAUUGAGAUUAUGUAACUGACUAUUCUUCCAACACAGAGCAAGAAAUAUAAGAUCAGAUAUUUCUUUAUUAGUCCCACAAAUUCCAAAUUACAGCAGAAUUUAUUCAUUUAUUUAUUUAUUAAUUCCCCCUGAGAUCAAUAAAGUAUCUAUCUAUAUAUCUCUCUAUCUAUUUAAAUACAAAAAGAGAAUUUAAAGAAUGAAGAAACUUGAGUUAAAAAUGAUAAUGAAACUGAUUCUCAGUUUUCUGAGCGGGUCCUUUACAUUUACUGUAAUCAAAUGUUCAGUUCUUAUAAAAAGGUUAAAACCGCUCACAUCUUAUGUAUUUGUAAGGUCCUUCUGCAGACCUGACGUUGGAGUUUAUCACCACAGGUGUUGUCAGACAGAUGAAAACCACACUCUCCAAGCUCGCAGGAAAUGGCGAGCAGAGGACAUUUCAUUCAUAAAAUUCAAGAGUUGAAGGGCAGACGUGACAAAAUCUGAUUUAUCAAUUGAGUGUAAUUUGAUGGUAUUAUCCUGGGCAGCUCCUCAGGUCAUGCAUGGAUAGUAACCCCCAAAAACCCCCUCCCCCAGGGACCAAGUCUCAGUCUCAGUGACGUGGCUCAUGGUUUCUGGAGAGGCUCGUUGAUGGCGGCGGUGGCGUCCUGAUCUGAACUGUUCACUCCGACUAACUUUCAGUUAAUUUAUAAACUUGCAAAGAGGUGCAGCGAUGGCCGUCUGUAACCUCAUAAACCGCUUCAAAACGUCCACCUGUCAGCUCAGCCACAUCUCUUUUCGUGUAACUUAAAACCAACAAAUUCAGUCCCAUGGAAAAAUGACUGAAACCAAAACUGUUUUUUUUUUUUUACUGGUUAGUAACUCUGCAGAAAAACAGACUUUAACAUGAGUGUGAACAGGACUUCCUCGGCUUUUAAAGACUGCCUUUAGAGGACCUCCUGUGGUUUUCUGCACUUCUGCAUCGGCUAUAUCGGUCUGACAUCUGUUAUUUUUUUAUAGUGACAGUAAAAAUAUUUAUGACACAAGCUGCAGAAAAAAUGAUGUUAUUUAAUGCAUCGAUGCUGCUGUGUGUGCCCACUUCCUCAUGUUGUCAUAGCAGUUAGAUUAAAUUUAGGGGUGAUGUUGUUUUUGUGUGUUUAUGUAAUGUUUGAAAGAAAAGUGUUGAAUCAUCCUGAUGGUUUUAUUAACUCUUGAAACAUGUUUUGAUUGCAUCACAUUACCAAAGAAUUUGCACAAUUUAUCCACUGACUUUAUUGACACAAUCACAGGUUUAAUCAGCGCUGAAACCUUCUGCAGACGAAUGGACGAGGACAUGAGCGCAGAUAAAAGUCACGUAUAUAACGCUGAACCAGACUGAGACUUGUCAUUGACUCACUGAAAGCACAAAGCUGAAUGAAAUGUCUGCAGGGAGAUUUUGUGGGAACUUUUGAUCCCACUCUGUCUGUCUCUGAAUAGUUAAAUGACCUUUUACUCUGAAAGGAUAAGAGCGCGCAGAAACCACAGAGACAAACGUUUUACAAAACACAGAAUGUCUCCAAAACUUUAGGAAAAAUUCUUCUAAUCCUCUUCCAGUCGAGGCUCUGUCUGUGCUGCUUUCACGUUUGUUUGCUCCGUCUCCUCGCUCAGGUUUCAGGGUUGGUCUGUUUUUGUUUGUUGGCUGUUAGAUCUGAAGUCUACGAGGUAAACCUACGUCAAGGUUUCUUUAGUUUUCCUUUAGCGUCUCAGGAAAUGUCAAGUUGCUCAAUAACUAAACUAUGAAAUCUUGCCAUUUAGCCCACUGGGUGUUACUUUACUCUUGAGAUGAAUACUGAGGAAAUUGUGAUGCAACACUUUCUGUCGCUUGUUUAAUUGCGUUUUGUUGUGAUGAUUGCUCAAUAACAUGCCUGCAAGUUUUUGCAAGCAAUAACAAAAUAAUUCUUAUUCUUUCUCUUUGCCGCUCCUGUAGAAUCCUGCACUUAGCAAUCAUCCAUGAAGAAGAAGCCAUUGCUCAAGAGUUGAUAGAGAUUUUUCCAAAAGACGUCCUCGACAUCCAAAACAAUUUAUACCAGGUGAGUACAAACACACUCCAGCUCGCUCCUCGCUCACGCGGACAGGAAUUUUUCAAUCCAGAGUGACUUCCUCUUCAUUUGUCGCUCAGUUGUGGAAACUGUUGUAUUAUUUUUAUCUCUGUACUUCCAGAGAACUGUUGUUCCUCUUUAUUUGCAGUCCGUCCUCUCUCUCUGGGACGUCACUGUGGGUGGUUCAAGUGUUAGCUCAUAAGGGACCUCGAAUGGAAACUCCCCUCCUCUACCUCCUGUAGAAAUAGAACCACAGGGAGCUGUGAGGAGCGUAUCCUUGUGUGGAUGUUGGUGGAGGCGGCGUUCCAGCGCUCCAAGAAUUUUCAGAGCAGAGUCUUGUUAGUGCGGCGAACAGAGAGAGAACGGACACAUCUGUCAAAAAGGAACAGUGAAGUUUCAGCACUUCUCAGCGUGACUCACUCAGCCCUCAGUCUGCUCUGUCAGCCUGAUUAUUGUGAGACCUUAAACACGGAUAAAUCACUCAAGAAAGGUCGUCUCUGCACAAGCAACUCUGCAGAGACUCUGUUUCUGAUGACAAAUGAAAGUGUGGAAUUAGUGCCAUCGUGUAUAAAAAGCAGAGGCGUCACACUCUGCACCUACAGUUACCUCAGCUGACCACAGUGCCAUGCAACCACAAGUCUCGUUUUGGGUACUUCACUCAUUGAAUCAUGUGUGCAGCCACAAGCUGAAGUCUCCGAAACAGGAGCUGUGUCUUAUUUCAUCUGCAGCAGUUUAUUAUAUUUGAAGAGGCUAAAGCUGAUUUAUAUUGUUUUUAUUUAUUUAGCACAGAUUAAAAAGUGUGCAAGGAGGGAACAGAGCUGAUAGGGUUAUACAGAGUUCAGCUCCCAUCAGGGCAGAGAAGGCGAACGGUGCAAACCACAACGUAAUUAAGACAUAGACAGGUUAUAAACAUACAAUAAGUGGGGAAAGGUCAAACAUGUACUUAUUUUCAUAAAUAGAACACAGACUAAUCAUCAAACAGUGAUAGAGACAAUAUAAGAAUUCAUGAAAAGGAAAGAAACAUGAUCAUAACAGAUAAUGACGUGUUUAAGACGUGAUCAGAUGAGAUUUUAAUGAGAUUUUAAAGGAUUUAAGGGAUGAUAUUGAUUUUGGAGAUCCAUCCAGAUUAUUCCACAGUUUCAGUCCUCUAAAAGUGACAAGAAGUUCAACAGGAAGGUUACUGAAGAUGGUUAUUUUGUCUUGUUGAGUACGGGUGAAGGUCGGAUGAAAAGGUAGAAAAGUUUCAGGAAGGUUUUGUUUGUUAUUGUUUUUAGAACAUCACAGAUUUUAUGUCCUAAUCUCAUGAUCAAAUUUUAACCAACAAACUACCGUUAGGUAUCCUUUAUUAUGAGUAAAUUCAAACUGUUUCCUCUGGUGUUCCUCAGAGCCCCCUGCACCUGGCCACGUACCUGAACCUGACCGAAGUGGUGAAGGGUCUUUUGAAAAAAGGAGCGAGUCUGGAGCUGCAGGACCAGGACGGGAACACGGCGCUCCAUAUGGCCUGCCAGCAUGGGCAGACAGAGUGCGCCACCGAGAUGACCAGCGAGGUUUCCCUGAGCAAGCUGGCACCGGUCCUCGAGACCCAGAACUGGAGGGGUGAGGAUGAAGGGCUAACAGCUGCUGCGCCUCUUCAGCCAAUAACGCUUUUCUUUUUGGAGACACAUGACUUUGUCUGCAUCAUGUCUAAAUUAAGCUCCAGUCUUCUGGCUCCUCAGUUUUAUUCAAGAACAGACACAUCUGUAAAGUGAGAGCAGAUGUGGAAGGUUUUUCACCCCCAUCUGUUCCUCAUAUGUGUCCUUUUUGUAAAUCCAGUUUUUAUCCUGAACUGCCUGAAAAUGAUCCGAAGAUUUUAAACAACACGUGUCGUUGCAGGUCUUACCUGUCUUCACCUGGCUGCUCUGAACAGGCAGCAUCAAAUCAUGUGUCUCCUAAUGAAGAAGGGAGCAGACCUGAACAUACAGGUGGGUUCUCCUUCAUUCUGCAUCACAGUGGUUGUUAGAUAGAGGAGGAGUUUGCUUUAGAUCUCUCUCUUUUUUGGCAUUUUGUAAUUUAGAGAUGUCGCAGAUUUCUACCUGCAGCCCAAAAAGAUAUAAUUUGUGCAUCAAACAUCCUCCCUGGUUGUGUUUUAGAAGAGAGAGGAUAUGAAAACUCUUCUCUGAGUUGGUUUGCCUGUCGUUGUUUCCUUCGUUUUAAUCCUGCUGAGUUCUUGUGUUUGCGAUCACACUGCGCCCCUUCAGACUCAGUUUACAGCUCCUGGCUUUACGUUGUGUUCCUGACUAUAAAUCUGCUGCACCUGUGCUGAGCUGAUAGUGAUAUGAGCCGAGCUUGAGGCUUCCUGCGUGUUGACAUAAUUAGAUAUGAGAUAUGAUUAGGCCGAGCUCGCCGCUCUUAACUUUCUAAUGAUGGAAAAGAACAUGGCGGUGAGUCCCCAAACCGGCCCAGACAUUCCUCUCCGUUUAAAUCAGCAGCCGCACAUACAGCUCUGCCUCACAUCCUUCUUAUCAAUCUGAGUUUAUAAGCUUGGAUGUUUCAAAAUUAACAGAAAAUAUAUAUAUUUAAAUAAAACUGAUCACUGUUGUUCCUCCACGCUCCAAACAGGAAGGAACUAGCGGAAAAACAGCUCUUCAUCUCGCCGUCGAACUGCACGACAUCACGUCCGUGAAGCACCUCCUCAGUAAAGGAGCCAACGUGGACGCAGCCAUGUUUAACGGCUGCACGGCCCUGCAUCUCGCCGUGGGGAGGCAGGACGCCGCCAUCGCUCACCUUCUCUGCCAGUCCGGGGCCGACACGAUGCUGAGGAACAUGGAGGACGAGACGGCGCUGGAUCUGGCUGACGGCAACGAUGAUGUAAGUUCAUGUGAAAGUCAGUUACAGGUUCAUAAACGGAACAAAACAUCCGACAAAACACACGACUUGUUGAUCAGUCUUCUGUCCCGUCGAUUCUCAGGGUUUUGGUAUCAUUUUUAUCUUCCCUCCCAAAAAAACUUCCAUAUGAAGCUGGAAAAGUCUCCAGUAAACAUCGUCUUUAUUUAACAAUAUUGAACCCAGGGUUGAUUUAGAGUUUUAGACUUUGAAAUCGUCAGUAUUGGUUCACUAAUGAGAAUUACUGACAAAGAGAAAAACAGCAGCUCUUUCCUUUCAGAGAAAUUUUAAACUUUCCCUGUUUUGUAAGUCUGUUUUUUCGCUCCUCAAACCGCCUGCAGUUGUUGGUGUUCUCGGUCUCAGUGCUGUAAAACCUGUCAUUCUUCCAGAACAGCAUAUUUCUGUCAGUGCGGGUUUGUAGUCUCUGCUGGUGCUAAAGACGCAAAAUUAGAUCAAUUUAUAUGAGUAUUUAUUGAUAAUUCCCCCUUAAAGCAACACGAGCUGUACUGAUAGAUCUCUUAUACUGAGCACCGAUGUUUCAGGUUUACUUCUCUACCCUCUCCUGAUUUUGGAUGUGAUAAAAUCUGUGUCUUUGUCCUUCUAGAUCCUGGCUCUCUUUCCUUUCGAUGACAUCCAGAUCUCGGGGCGGUCGGUGGUCGGUGUGAAAUUUUGAGCUGAGUAUCAGAAAACGAUUUUUGCCUCUCAGCACCUGGAACUUCUGAUCAGGAAAACAAAAGCGUUAUCUGGGCUGAAGUUGAAAUAGUGCCUCUAUUUGUAGUAGAUUCUGAUUUGAUCGGUUUUAUCCAUUAUCUAAACAAAUAUAUGCACCAUAUAAAUCUUACUUCUCUCUGGCAGACAGAGGAUUUUAGCUUAAUUUAACACUGUAAGAAAAUACUUUGGUUUUGAGUCUUUUUUUCUCUUUUUUUGCUUCUCUUGCUCACGGCUCGGGGGGAGGGUUGCUGAAAAUCCACCUCUGUAUGAGUGCCAAACUUUCAAACUUGUUAAAGAUCCAUCGAAAAUUCUACCUCUUUAUUACAAGAACCUUGUUUUCAUGGCUAAAAAUGGAGCAUUCAAUGUUUCAUGGUAUCUCAAACUUCAGGAAAUUAUUGCAUUUGUUUUGUAACUCGUUCAUAUCUCCUGGAAAUGUGGCGUUUCUUUGAAGCCACAAAAAGACUUUCCUUAGAGUCCAGAAAUAGCAGCAGGAAAUCAAAGAUCCAUUCACAACAUAAUAAACCAUGUCCUGAAGGGACCUGCAGUCUUUCAAAAUGAUCUAAUUAUUGUCUAAACCAGUUUCUGAGACAGAAAUGUGAUAUAUAAUUCAGGAAUUAGCCUUCAUCUUUCUGAUUAUUUUGGCUCCUUACAGUCAUGAUUUUUGUUUCCCUAUUUAUCUUAAUCUUAAUCUGCGGGAAUAUCUGACUGUGCUCUGGUGUGAGAUUACACUGCCCUUUGUAGUAAUAUAAACAGUUUAUUUUGUAAUAAAAUGAAGAAAAAGCUCACUGCA